AUGAUAAAUGAAUGUAUGACCAUAUCAUCUGCCAUGAGAAAAAGAACUAGAUGGUCUCAAAGUGGGGUUGCAGCCAUCUUAGGAGCAGGAGAUUUAUUUUCCAAUGGUGAUGAAGAUUCUUUAACUCAUAAUUUAGGAUUAACUUCUAAUAAUUUACAUAAUAAUAAUGGUGGUAAUGGUGGAAGUAAUAAUUCCAAUCAUAGACAAAUCAAUCAUAAUCCUUUAUUAUCUAGCUUUUUACAAUUAAGAUCAAUCUUAAUGGAUGCUAAUGAUUUAUAUGAUAUUGAUAGUUUAACUUUAUUACAACCAUUUUUAUUAGUGAUUAAAUCUUCUUCAACUACUGGAAAUAUCACCAGUUUAGCUUUAACUUCGAUCACCAAAUUUUUAAAUUAUGAAAUCAUAUCUUUAAGAUCAAAGAAUUUAAAUACAACUAUCAUACAAAUCAUAUCAUCUUUAACUCAUUGUCGAUUUGAAGCUGCUGAUCAAAAUUCAGAUGAUGCGGUGUUAUUAAAAGUGUUAAGACUAUUAGAAUCAUUAAUUGAAAGUCCAUUCUCAAACUUAUUACCUAAUGAAGUCAUUUCUGAAGUGGUUCAAACUUGUUUAUCCUUAGCAUGUAAUAAAAAAAGAAGUGAAGUUUUAAGAAAAGCAGCUGAAAUGGCCAUGGUUUCUAUCACUGUCCGCAUUUUCAGACAAUUACAUGAAAUAGAACCUGAAAAUGAUAAAUUGGAAGAAUUACAAACUAAAUUUCAAGAUACUCAAUUACCUGAAGAUCUUAUUGGUGGUACUGAUUUAAAACCUUCAACCAUUGGAACUCCUAAAGAUCUGUUAUCAGAUGAUGAUAAAGAUUCAUCAAAACCAAAAAAAUCAACCGAUCUUGGUGGAACUCCAGCUCCUGUGGUACCCGCCUUUGAUGAACCUUUUGGUAUAGUAUGUAUCAAUGAAUUUUUAGGAAUAUUAAUUUCAAUGAUUUCUCCUUCUAAUCAAUAUCAACAUAUGGAAAGUACGAGAGUAUUUGCUUUAUCGUUAAUAAAUACUGCAAUUGAAGUUUCAGGUCAAGAAAUUCCUAAUCAUCCAUCAUUAUUAGCCUUAGUAUCAGAUCCUAUUUCAAAACAUAUUUUACAAAUUAUAACAACUACUGAUUCUCCUGCUUUAUUACAAUCAGCUUUACAAUUAUUUUCCACCGUGGCUAUUGUGCUAGGUAGACAAUUAAAACCUCAAUUUGAAUUGACUUUAACUUUGAUUUUUAAAUCAAUCUUACCGGAAGGUGGUGAUAAUAAAUCCAAUACUGAUUCUAAUAUAAAUACGGCUAAUAUCUCAAGCAGAAAUGCCGUUUCCAAAGAAAUGUUAAUUGAAUCAUUAUCUUUAUUAUGGACAAGAUCACCUGUCUUCUUUACUCAUUUAUUCAUUGAUUAUGAUUGUGAUUUCGAUAAUUCAGAUUUAUCUACUAAAGUAUUAGAAUCAUUAUGUAAAUUCUCCUUACCUGAAUCAGCCAUAAAUACUACUGAUAACGUCCCACCUAUUUGUCUUGAAGGUAUAUUAUCAUUUAUUAGUGGUAUAAAUGAUAGAAUUAAAACUCUUACUUCAGAUAUAAAGGAUUUACCGGUCCCUGAUUUAAUUCAAGAUAGAACUAAAAAGACAGCUUUCAUAAGAUGUACAGAAAUGUUAAAUGAAAAACCAAAGAAAGGUCUUCAAGCUUUACAAGAUGAAGGAUUUAUAAAGUCAGCUGAAGAUCAUCAAGAAGUUGCCAAUUUCUUCUUUAGUAAAGCAGGAAGAUUAAAUAAAAAAGUAUUAGGAGAAUUCUUAGCUAGACCUGAUAAUGCUGAAUUAUUUAAAUAUUUUAUGGAAUUAUUUGAUUUUACCGAUUUAAGAGUUGAUGAAGCUUUGAGAGUUAUUUUAAAAACUUUUAGAUUACCAGGUGAAUCUCAACAAAUUGAAAGAAUUGUCGAACUGUUUGCUGAAAGAUACGCUACCACCAGUACUGGUACUACAAAAGAAGGUGAAGAAGAAAUAGUUAGACCUGAUCGUGAUUCUGUAUUUGUAUUAUCAUAUUCCAUCAUUUUAUUAAAUACUGAUUUACAUAACCCUCAAGUAAAACAACAUAUGCUUUUGGAAGAUUAUAGAAGAAACUUAAGAGGGGUUUAUAAUGGAAAAGAUUUCCCAGAAUGGUAUUUGUCCAAGAUUUAUCAUUCUAUAAAAGAUCGUGAAAUCAUUAUGCCUGAAGAGCAUCAUGGUACUGAUAAAUGGUUUGAUGAUGUUUGGCAUAAUUUAGUUUCAUCUCAAGUUACACCUGCCAAUAGUAGUUCUAAUUUCAAUUGGGUUGAAAUAUGUCAAUUCGAUAAAGUAUUAUUUGAAUCAUUGGUGGAUACUUUGAUUGAAACUCUUGUUAAGGUGUUUAAGGAAGCGUCUGAUGAUCAUGUAAUUACCAGAUUAAUGUCAUCCAUUGAUAAAUGUGCUAAUAUUUGUCUUUAUUAUAACCUUACUAGUUCAAUUGAUAAACUAAUUGGUUCAUUGGCUGAUUUAACUGGAUUAACUAAAAAGCAAUAUAGAGUUCCUAAUGGUGAUGAUAAUUUACGUGAAGAAAUUCCAAUUACUCAAAUUAAAAUUGAAAAGAAAGAUGAAGCUAUUACAGUUAGUGAAUUGGCCGUAUGGUUUGGAAGAGAUUUUAAAGCUCAAUUAUCAACUGUGGUUUUAUUCAGAUUAAUUAAAAAGACUGAUUGUAGAAUAACUUCAUCAUGGGAUAAAAUUCUUAAGAUUAUUUUAUCAUUAUUUGAAAAUUGUUUAAUAAAUCCUAAUUUAUUUGGAGAAUUUCAGAAAAAGAUUCAACUUUCUCCUUUGGCUAAGGUUAAACCACGUUAUAUUAUUAAAAGAGCUAAACCAUUAAAUAAUUCAGGUAUUUUAUCCACAUUCUCAUCAUUCUUGAAGGGUUAUUCUGAUGAUCCACCUGAACCAACUAAUCAAGAAAUUGAAUCUACUUUAUCUACUAUAGAUUGUGUUAAAUCAAUCAAAAUUGGUGGUAUCUUUGAUGUUAUUUCAAGAGGUUCAUCAUCUAAUUUAAAACAAUUUAUUGAACUUUUAUUAAUAUCACUUCCCGAACCAUCUGAAGCUACUAAAAGAUAUUAUGAAACCGAAACUCUUUUUAUUUUAGAAGUUAUGGUUUGUUUCUGUUUAUUAUUAAGUGAUAAAUCUGUUAUUAAUCAAGUUCUUGAAAAAUUAAAUCCCAAGGAAAUAUCUAAGAAAAAUAGACUUCGAUUAAUCACUUAUAAAUUGUUAUUAACAAGAUAUAGUGAUGAAUCAUCUAAUGUGGCAGAAACUAUUAAAGAAUUAAGUGAAUUUGAUAAAGACAUUUUAAACAAACAAGGAUCGCAAAUCUUACAACCUUUAUUAUCAUUAGUUGAUGAUGAUUCAUGGUGUUGUAAACAAUUACUUAAUGAUGAAUCUUAUUGGAAACUUUUAAGAUUCUUUGGUUCUUUCCAAGUUUAUGCUAAUGAAUUACUUCAAUUCCAAGAAGGUAUUGUUAAGAAUUCAAGUCGUGAAUUGACUCCAACUAAUUAUAUGUUAUUCCUUGGAUUAUUAGAUGAGAUUUCUUCAUUAGGUGCUAUUGGUUCUCAAUAUGAACAAGAAAAUGCUACUUUAGGUUCAGAAGCUGAUAGUUCUUAUUUCAAAGAUAUAGUUGAAGUAUCGAAAAAAUCAAUUUCAUUAACUUCAGAAUUAUCGAAUGUUAUUACUCGUUCUGAAUUUAAAGGAAAGGAAUUAUCAUAUUCAUUAAUUCAAGCCUUAGCUCAUCAAUGUUUCAACCCAUGUCGUGAAGUUAGAAGUUAUGCCCUUUCUUCAUUACAAGCAGUGGUAUUAUCAUUUGAACUUGAUGAAGAACGUACACCAUUUGGUAUUUUUGAAUAUGGUUUAUUCCCAUUAUUAUCAGAAUUAUCUAAAGUUGAAGUUUUACAAACUGAUAUUAAUGGAUUUUCAAAGACUCAAGUUGAAACUUUAAUGUUAAUUAGUAAAGUAUUCUUAAAUUAUUGUGAUAAAUUUAGUGCCCAAGAAACUGAUAGAGUUUGGUUAGGUAUCUUAGAUCAUUUUCUUAUUUUUGAUAAUCUUGGUGGUAAACAUAAAGUUGAACAAUCAUUUAAAGAGUCUGGUUCAGAAUUACUUAAGAAUAUGAUUCUUGUAUUACAAACCAAUGGUGUAUUAGUUGAAGAAAAGACUGAAGUUUGGAAUGCUUCCUGGGAUAAAAUCAGUACGUUAUAUCCUGACUUGAGAAAGGAAUUGGAUCCACUGGCUGCUGCUGAAGCAGAAGCAGAAGCAGAAGCAGAAGCAGAAGCAGAAGCUGCCGCUGCUAAGGAAGAGGAACAAAAUGAAAUUCCAGCCAAUCUGGAAGAGACUGAAUCUACUACUACUACACCUUUACCAGAAUCAAAGGAUGUCAUUGCAUCGUAG